AUGCGGCUGCUCGGCGCCUUCCUGCGGCUGCUGGUGGCCGGGACGCUGGGGGCACCGCCCGCCCCGGCCCCGGAGGAACGGGGGACCGCCAGCGCGGAGUCUCCCGUCCUUACCUUUCGGGAGAUCUGGAAUCGUAGUUUCUGCCGGCCUCUGGAGCAGCUGGUGGACGUCAUUACCGAAUUCCCCAACGAGGUGGAGUACAUUUUCAGACCCUCCUGCGUCUCCCUGCAGCGCUGCGGAGGCUGUUGUGGGGACGAGGGUCUUCGCUGCGUGCCCGUGGAGACGAGCACGGUCACCAUGCAGCUCCUGAAGAUAAAGCCAAACGGGGAGGCACCCUAUGUGGAGAUGGCGUUCACCGAGCACAAGCAGUGCGAGUGCAGGCCCCGGCAGGACCUGAUGAGGCUGGGAAGGAGGAGGUCCAAGGGCCGAGGUAAGAGAAGACAAGACAAGAAGGGACGGAAAGACUGUGAACUAUGUGGCACACCCCGCAGGUAG